CAGUAUAAUCAAAUGUAAAUUACGUUAUCGGUUUUCACUAUAAAGGAUGAAAUAUCUAUUGAAUAUUUUUUUAUUUCCUUUUUUAUUUUCUUGUUUUUUUCUUGAUUACAAAUAUAAAAACGAACUCAUUAUCAGAGCGUUUUUCUUUCUUUCUCACGCAUUGUUAUAUACGUUAAUAAAUAAUGUUAAAUUAAUUAACGAGUUACGUUAAUUAAAAAUUCGAUGCAAUCUUACAAAUUAUUUGGUUAUUGCACAUCCUUCUUACAUCAACGAAACGAUCGAUCAUCAUUUAAUCAUUGCAUCCCGCUUAGAAAUAAUGAUUAAGCUUUACCGCUACGUGGCGCCACUUUGCAAUAACGUUAGUCAAGUAUUUAAUAAAUAUAGUACUUUUUUUGAAAAAAUAUAAUAAAAUAAUAAAAUAAAAUAAAUCAAAGAAUGAAACUGACAUUGUGCUAUAUUUAUACUAUAUUUAUUAAUAUCUUAAUUCUCUAUCAAUUUAAUCAUUCGAAUUAUCUUAAGACAAUGCAAAUAAUUUUCUGCAAAUAAAUUCGUAAUAUUAGCGAAGCUAUUGAUAGAUCGUACAAAAUUCAAGACAACAGGUGUAUAUAUACAUACGUCGAUUUCUGAAGAUAGAAAAUAGUAAAUACAUCGACCGAAUUUACAUAAAUAAUUUGUACUAAUGAAACACAAAACAAAAAAAAACAAAAAAAAAAGAGGAACAUAAAAUGAUAUGAAGCAAGAAAAAAGAAAAAGGAAACAACGCCGGUGCGCAUGACAACAGCAAAACAAAAUUGUCAUCACACAUUUUCUCCAUCGUACACUAUAAAUAAUUUUUUCGUGUAAAACAAUUUUUCGUUUAAUUUGGCUUAAAAAUAGAAAAGAAAAAAAGAAAAGAAAAUACGUGACAAAUUCAAAGUAAGAAGAAAAUUCAAUAAAUAUUUGAUUUAUUUCUUAUAUAUAUAUAUAUAUAUAAAAUAAAUAAAUAAAAAAUUUAAAAGAUGGGUCAAGUAAUGGGUGAAAUGCCGACGACGAUGCCAGGAUUGAAAGAAGAACGCGAUCGCGUUCUUCAUUGGAGUGGAGAAAUAUUAGCUAAAGUUAGCGAUAAUAUUCGCAGUGAAGACACAUUUCUGAUGGAUUAUACCGAUGAAAAACUUAAUCAGAAAGUCAAAGUUUGGAUUGAUAAAGGAAUGGCUCAGAUUAACCAAGCUUGGAGUAAAGUUCCGAAUAUUACUCAAGAAUGUAAAAAUACUACCAUAGCAAAGGUCGAAAAGGUAAUUAAUUUGUUAAUAGAAACUCUUAAGGAAGAAUUUUCUUCAAAAAUAAGAAAGGAAUACGAAUCGGCUUAUUCCGAGAUAAAAAAAUUUACAAAAAGAGUUGACAAAUUUGGUAGCGAGGAGAGAAAGUUACACGAGGCGAUACAACAGGUAGAGAACGAGGCUGGAGGUGACGUAACUAAAUUCCAAAAAAAAUUUGGACCUCUGAGAGUAAAAGUCUUCAAAAAUUUAGAGACUGGAGAAAAAUUUGUAUUCGAAGAUAAACGCUUAAAGGAUACAUUUACGAAGAAGGUACAAAAAAAAUUCGCUCGUCUAUUGUGUUUUAUUAAUUAAUUAUUAAUCUACAAUUCUUAAAUCAAAUUACGAAUGAUUUAGGUUUACGAAAUAGACAGUAAAUUGGCAAGUGAGUGUGAGAAAAAGUUUGAAAAGUUCAUCAAGGAUAUUGAAAAAUGUAUGCCGAAAUGAUAUUAAAAAAAAAAAUAAUAAUAAUAAUAAAAAAAUAAAAAAAUAAAAAAAAAUAGAAAAUAAAAAAAUCGAAUUAAAUAAA